UGCUUGGUGUUUGUUGCUGCUGCUGCGCCCUUUGAACAAUUUACUGGGCGUGCGCGCUCUCCCAAUCGGCUAGGCAGGUAGGGAAGAGUGGGCACGUUCCCCCCCUUUCAAAGAGCCCAGCCAAAGUCAGCCAAUCGCCAGAAGCGUCCUGGAACACGCCGCCAAAACAGCAAAUUCUGCGCCAGAACUUCAACGACACUCCAUCGCGAUACGAGACUUUGGCCAUCAAAAUACCACCAACAACGCCAUUUUUGCAUCCAAAAAAUCGAUACACUCCUUUCGCAAUUCCCGCUGAAUGAUUUAAAAAAAUUUAUUAGGGGUUUCCCCAGGCUUUUUGCCCCUCUCACCGCCCUUAGCAGCCAUGGCGACCCGGAAGGUUAGGAUCAAGAAGCUGGCUCCAAAAACGCCUCUAUCCGUCCUCAGAGAAGACCAAAUCGACCCUUCAGAAUACGAACAACUCACCUCCGAAGCCCAAAUCGCAACCGGUGUCGAACAGGCCGAGGAAAAUGAGUACCAUCUUCAGGCAGUCCUGCAGCAUGCAGGUGUCGCUGCCGACAAGGAAAUUCCCGUCCCACCACCACAGGAGAGCACACUCAACUAUGACGAGCUCUACUCACAGCGGUGCUCCCAGCCAUCAACAUAUAUCCGCUUCUCUCAAACAGUAGAAGAAUGCAUAGGAUGCAUGUAUGACAUGACGGAGGAGGACGAUGUUUUUCUCAAGGCAUACAACUCAAAACGAGCCGCCUCUGCCCAGCUCUCAGAAGAUGACUUUGAGAAGAUCAUGGAAGUGUAUGAGGACACCGCCUUCAUCAAAACCCCGUUUGCCUCAAUAGACCAGACAAUAGCCCCAUAUGAGGAGAUGCUCCAAGGCCUUCAAAGCUUGGAGAGAGGAAAGGUCAUGCCUCACGCCAAAGAGAUCUAUGAGUAUUGGAAAUCACGGCGGCAAGCUCUGAGCAACCGACCGUUACAUCCCACUCUCAAGUUUGAGAUCUCCCCUGACAGUGAUGACAUGGACCCCUAUGUCUGUUUCCGUCGGCGAGAAGUACGUGCCACUCGCAAGACAAGAGCACGAGAUGUGCUGUGCGCAGAUAAGCUCAAGCGACUGCGGAGGGAGCUUGAGGAUGCGCGCCAGUUGGCCAUGGCUGCCCACCAAAGGGAGCUUUUCAAGGCCGAGAUUCUCAAGACUGACCGCGCCAUCUUUGAGACGCGCGGGACACUCAAAGAGCUCAAGGUCAGGUUGGGGAUCAAGACCGACGACGAAGAUCUCGUCAACCAAAAGCCCCAGAAACGAAAAGCGCCAGAGGCCCCUGCCGUCCAGCGACCCCCACCACCUGCCCAACUUCGUAUGCCCGUACGACCAGAUGGCCGUCCUGCCGAGGCAGAUCUCUCGCAGCUGGCUGAUCGCCUUGCUGAGAAGGAGAACGAGCUCCGGAUUGAUAUCGAGAAGAAGGUGCUGACCCAUAGCGAAUGGAAUCGCAACUAUGUGGACUUGACUAGGGGUCCGUUGUCUCCGGUGCAUGGGCCCCUUCAAGAUCCCAAUUUUAGGCCAGCCAAGACCCAAUAUCUGAUGACACCACCAGCUUCGGCGUCGUCGGUAUCCAUGGAGGAACCCACCCCUAUGGAGCUUGACAAGCCAGAAAAGCCACGAGACUUUGGCCCGCUCUUGAAAUUUAGGGGAGUAGCUCCGGAUGAGGAGUCGAGAGCAAACCCGCCAUCGUACCGUCGGCGUAUUGGUCGUCUCAAUCGGCUGUGGAUUGAUCGUCGUGGCUUGGCUAGUCCUCCCCGUGAAGUCAGCGCAGAACAGUACGACCGCUGGAAGUAUGACCAGUCGUCGGAUGAUGAGGACGAGCCCGAGGUGUACGAGGUUGAUCCCUUUGAUACCCGGGCACUGAAAUUCCGCGCCUCUGUCCCGCCUCCAGUGUGGAUGACACACCGAGUAGUUCCUAACUCAAGAACUAUGAUGCCAGCCGCGCAAACUGCGAUGAUGCAGCAACAACAGCAUCAGCAUCAACAGCAGCAACAUCCAAUACCACCAAACCAACCGGCGUCACUACCAGCACAACUACAGGCGACGAAAUCGCCUGCACAAGUGAAGGGAGCAACAUGAAGUUGUCCUUUGUGCUUUUGUGUAUUUCGCCCUUAUUUUUCCCCGUCGCCCGUUCGGGAUGCGACGGGAACAGCAAGCCACAAAGGUGGUCUUGCUCUGUAUAUCCCCUCUCUCAACACUCCGAUAGUGCAUUAAGCGAUGGGCUUGAAACAAGAGGAGCCCGUCGUGGCUGGCGAGGAGUUCGGUGCAGUUGGUUUUUGUGUAGCAUAUAAUUGCGGAAGCGAGCGGGCGAGUGACGGAUG